AUGGCCGAAACAUCCGAGAGAUUGCAUAACGAGAUCAGCGAGGCCAAGUUCACGGCACUAUGGAGAUUAUGUCGCCAGACGCUGGAGGUUAUCAAUCUCAAAUAUCCCAUGACGAGUCAGUGUGCUGUCGCUUUGGAGACCAUCCGGCAACGCUCGAUCAAGAUUCGUCAAUCUACCUCUUCUAAAUGCAGACGUCAAGACGAAGGCAUAGGACUCGAGGCCAACAGCUAUUCGCAAGUCCAUAGAAACCAGCCACAUCGACCAUCAAACGAUCCCGAAAGAGACUUGAGUCUUGGUUGGACCAUUAGCCCAACCCAGGAUGCUUUUGCGAGUUUAAACGAACUUGACAUGGAACAGAUCAAUGGCGAAGCUGGAGGGAUGACCCCGAUGUUUGAAAGUCUGCAGAAUUCUUUUGGGAGCGCUAUCAUCCCGGGAGACAUGUGGGAGGCUCUGGACAUGGCAAGUAUCAACGGCUUUGUGCCAUGCGUAUAG